UUUUUUUGUCUACUUAUAAUAAAUUUGCUUUAAAAAUGACUACGACACCGUCCUGGAAUGAUCCAAGGAUUCGAAGCAGAGAAAAAUCUGAUUUUGUGUUGAAAUUCGACAACUUGAACAAUCCACGGGCUAUGAGCCAAAAGAAAUAUAAUGAGACAUUACAACAAAUGGGGGAGUAUGGCCCAACUUGUCAUGUUCAGUCAGUCUACAAUGUUUGCAAUCAGAAAGAUGCUAGUGGACGGGAUGUGUUGCGUUUGGUUGAAUUAAAAUCUGGAAAACUUGUUAUACCGUUGGAAGAUGUUUUUGACGAAAUUGAGAGGUUUCUUUCAGUUUUAUUGUGGGUUUAA